AUGGGUGCAGUUAAUCGAGUCUUGUUUAGCUUCUUGAUCCUAGUCUCCUUCUUGGCCUCACAGGUUCAUUCGGUGGUCCCUGAAGAAUGCGGAUCCGAUCAACUUGGCGGAUGCGUUAACAAGUCCAAGGCCUUGCCUCUUAAAGUCAUCGCAAUCGCGGCCAUUCUCGUAACCAGCAUGAUCGGAGUCAGUCUUCCUCUCGUAACUCGGUCUGUCCCGGCUCUUAGCCCGGACAGGAGCCUGUUUGUAAUCGUCAAGGCUUUUGCCUCCGGAAUCAUCCUCGCCACGGGCUUCAUGCACGUCCUUCCCGACUCCUUCGACAUGCUUUCUUCGCAAUGCCUCCCGGAUAAACCGUGGCAUAAGUUCCCUUUCACCGGCUUCGUCGCCAUGUUGUCAUCCAUCGUAACCCUAAUGGUUGAUUCCGUGGCCACUAGUUUGUAUAGCAAGAAAAACGUGGCAGUUAUAGAGGUGGAUGUUGAAGACCGUGAGAUGGAUGUGGCCGUGUCAACCGGUGGUGGUCAUGUCCAUGGCCACCACCACGGACCUAAAGAUCUCGGAGAAGCCUCCAAGCUUAUGCGCUAUAAAGUGGUGGCCAUGGUGCUAGAACUUGGAAUAAUUGUGCACUCGGUUGUGAUCGGGCUUUCAAUGGGAGCUUCGAACAACGUUUGCACCUUAAAACCAUUGGUGGCGGCCCUUUGCUUCCACCAAAUGUUUGAAGGAAUGGGGCUCGGAGGAUGUAUACUCCAGGCGGAUUACACUUUCUUGAAGAAAACUAUAAUGGUUUUCUUUUUCUCGGUGACGACUCCUUUUGGGAUAGCGUUGGGGAUUGGAUUAUCGAAGACCUACCGAGAGAAUAGCCCGUCGGCAUUGAUAACGGUGGGGCUGUUGAACGCCUCGUCGGCGGGGCUACUAAUCUACAUGGCCCUGGUGGAUCUUCUUUCGGCGGAUUUCAUGGGUCCAAAGCUUCAAGGAAGUCUUAGGCUACAGAUGAAGUCCUAUGUUGCAGUUCUCCUCGGAGCCGGUUUGAUGUCACUCAUGGCCAAAUGGGCUUAAUUAAUACUCAAAAUUAAC